AUGAGCCGUGGUUCCCCUUCAUUAUCGCCGCAGGGUUUCUGGAACGGAAGUGCCCGAGACUCUGCACGCAACUCCAGAAACACAGGCGGUCAUGAUCCCCCACGUCCAGCAAAAGAAGGGUUUGAGUGGGUGUGGUUUCCAGAUGGAUACUGGGCAGAGAGGCCGGCCCCACGCCGGACUAGUUCGAAGAACCCGGGUACAAUUUCGGCGGGCUCAGCGGGCAAGAUAUUCAAAUGGACAUCGAGGGCAAAUGGAGGCCCAGCGCCUUCUCAGGAUCAAGAGCUGCGAGAUCUCUCUCCAAAGACAGUUCAAUCAACCCCUCCCCGGACUCUUCCGCAACUCUACCUGCCUGACAAGAACUCUGGGUCGUUCAGCCCUCCCAGGACUCUUCCACAGAGCCCAUGGCUCUCGGAGGCUGCCCAGGUACAAGCCUUGCAGCGUCCUGCUGACCAGCAGAUGGAUUUUGUCGGCACCAAUACAAUGGAUGAGCAGUCUUUCCGUUCUCGCAGAAGAUCGAGCGGCAAGUCCAGUGCUACAUCGGCACUUCAUCAAGGGAAAAACAAGGCACCCAGGUCCAAGUCUUCCUGGAACCUUUUCCAACGAUCGAAAAUUGAGAACCCUGCGGAAGUACUCCCAGGAGCAGCCAAGGAUACAGCCGUGGACACAGCGCCUAGUUACUUCACCCAGAAGCCAGUCGAUCCUCCCCACCCUCUUACACCACCGGAAGAGAAGGAAGAGUACGUCGCCGGUUGGCCGCUCAGAAGCCUGCAGAAAUGGUUCAGCAAGGCCCCUCAGAAUCGCAAAGACACAAUGCCGUCGUCUCGAUCAAGCCAUGCGAGCAACUCGAUCCCAAGCACUCUUCAGUGGAUUGGACCGAACUCCCCAGCCACCCCAGCUUCGCGCGGCGCCAUGAGAUCAUAUCCUGCCGAUGAAUCUAAAUCUUUACCCACGGCCCCUAUCAAGCAAUCAGCGGGUGGCCCCCAAAGGAGCCUCUUCAUGGAUAUCACACACCCUCGGCCCGCGGACGACUCGGUAUCAUCUUCCGCAAGCUCCGCACGGGCAGCACCAAAGGUGUUAUCAUACCGCAAUGGGGUCGACACCGAGAGGCGGGAGUGGUGGGACCCAACCCAGGCUUUGGUCCGCAGAGACCCGGUGAAAGGCGUCUCCUUUUUCGAAUUCGACAUGCCGGAGCACCUUCCCUCCAGCCCCAUGUGCCCAGCCAACCCAAUGCACAGGCUCGAAGGAAAGGGAGUCUGCGUGUUUCAUGGGAGAUCAAAGCAGGCAUCCAUGGAUGAUGAGGAUGGAAUUGCCGAGGAGGAGUUGAUGGAGAGCCCCCGAUAG